GGGCCGCGGUCCCAGGCUAGGGAGGCGGCCGAGGGCGGGUACCCGUGGGGCUCUGCUGACCGUUGCCCCCUGCGCCGGUACCCAGGGACAGCUCCCUCACCGCCUCGCCUCCCCCCCUCCCCGGCUCCGAUCACAUCUCCACAGCGCAGCCGGGGAGGGGAGGAGCCCUCCAGCGCGGAACCGGGGCUCUCUGCUCGGCCCGCCCUGAGGGGCGUGGGAGGGCGGGGCCGCGGACUUCGGACUCCAGCCCCCGACGCUCGGCUUUCCCUGACGCCCUCAGCUAUCCCUGGCCAAAGGGAGCCAUGUCCGCGCUACUGGGGCUCCGGCCCGAGGUGCAGGACACCUGCACCUCGCUGGGGCUGAUGCUGUUGAUCGUGCUGCUCAUGGGGCUGGCCCGCGUGAUCGCCCGGCAGCAGCUGCACAGGCCCUCGGCCCACGCCUUCGUCCUGGAGUUUCUAGCCACCUUCCAGCUCUGCUGCUGCACCCAUGAGCUCCAACUGCUGAGCGAGCAGGACCCCGCGCACCCCACCUGGACGCUGACACUGAUCUACUUCUUCUCCUUGGUGCAUGGCCUGACCCUGGUGGGCACAGUCAGCAACCCGUGCGGCGUGAUGAUGCAGAUGAUUCUGGGGGGUAUGUCCCCCGAGACGGGUGCCAUGAGGUUGUUGGCUCAGCUGGUUAGCGCCCUAUGCAGCAGGUACUGCAUAAGCGCCCUGUGGAGCCUGAGUCUGACCAAGUACCACUUCAACGAGAGGAGCUUAGCUUGCAAGAAUCCCAUCCACACGGACAUGUCCAAAGCGAUCAUCACAGAGGCCAUCUGCUCCUUUAUUUUCCACAGCGCUCUACUGCACUUCCAGGAGGUCCGAACCAAGCUUCGCAUCCACCUGCUGGCUGCACUCAUCACCUUUUUGGCCUAUGCAGGAGGGAGCCUCACGGGGGCACUGUUCAACCCAGCUCUGGCGCUCUCUCUGCACUUCCCCUGCUUCGAUGAGAACUUCUAUCAGUUUUUUGUAGUAUACUGGCUUGCUCCUUCUCUAGGUGUGUUGCUGAUGAUCCUGACGUUCAGCUUUUUCCUUCCAUGGCUGCAUAACAACCAAAUGACUAAUAAAAAGGAGUAACUACUCCCAAGGACUCAAACUGAGUCACAGGACAGUCAAGCUGGACAUGACAGAAGUGAUCACCUUUCAAACUCCGGCCGCACUGGACUCGUCACUGUUUCAGCCUCCUUUGUGGAAGGUGUCUUAAUGUUCUCACUACCUGGACUUAAAAUGACUGUGAAAAUGGGGUGGCCUGUAUUUGUCAGUUAAGCUUGUUCUUUUGAGUGAUGUAUUAAAUGCUGCUAGAAAAGG